CAUCCUCCGGUUGAGUUGCCGUUUCUAAACCUUCGGUUCAUCGUUUGCAUGGAUUUUACCUUUUCGAACUAAAUAUACAGACGUGUUGUUUAAAUGUUUGUUUUAUUCUAUAGUUAACAAUUCAUGCCUAUCAGAUAAGAAACCCCUAUACGUGCGUUACUCAACGGCUUGCGUAACACGUGAGUUUUCGACUUGCUUAGCUCCAGCUCGGGCUCCAACACAGACAUAUUCCGCCUUAAUUUGCCCUAUUGCUCUGUUGCCUGCCAGCAGGCUCUUAGAAACUUAAUUAGAAACUUAAUUUUGUGGUUCUUGGUUCCGAGAUGUCGCAAAUGUUUACCAAUGCCAGAGUGCGUUUGGUCUCCGGGUUGGUAAGACUGCCCAGCUGUGUAAAUUCAAGGGCGGUAAGAGUGACUCCUGCCAUCUGCAGACAUCAACAGAGGACUUAUAGCUCCAAAUCUGCUGCUGUCAAGGUGCUGUAUGACGGGCUAUGUCCCAUUUGUGUAAAAGAGAUCCGGUUCCUCCAGUUUCUUCAAAGAAGCAGGCCUGGGAAAGUUGAUUUUAUCGACAUCUCCCUGCCGGGCUACGAUGGAGAGAAAUACAUGGGUGUCACUUAUGAGAUGGCCAUGGGUGAAAUGCACGUGAUUGAUGGGGAAGAUAAGGUGCAUCGUGGGAUUCCAGCUUUUGCAGUCAUGUACAGCGCAGUGGGCCUCGGCUGGCUGGGCCGCUUCAUGAUGUGGCCGCCUGUGAGGCCGUUUAUGGACAAGUCUUAUGACAUCUUCGCCAGAAAUCGCUUAAAGUGGACAGGACGCGGAGAUGAGUGCACUACAGGACGCUGUGAAAAGAAAACCCAGUGACACUAAGCCACAGAUAAAAAGUAUGUUUAACAAAUUACCUAAUUGGGAGAGGAACAAGGUUAUGCUUUGCUUUGGUAAACCAUUGGUUUAUUAUGAAUCUGUCUGGAAGAGAUCCAAGACUGUUGCUACCUGAAGGGAGGACUUUGCUGCCUGGUCAGAUGUUCAUUGUUAAGAUGCAGAUUUUCUGACCUUAAAUUCCCAAAUCACAGUGCCAUUUAAAGCUACAAUAUUCCCCUACAGAGUAAAGCUGACUGUGGCUGUCCUGCAGUGUAAUAUCACGCCACUGAAGUACAAGUAAGAUGCCUCGAGGCACAAAGAAAGCAGAGCUUAAUUAUAGCGCUGUUGCAGAAAUGCACUGUGAAAACACCUAAAGAAGGUUCAGAAAAGAGAUAGAAACAUUUGCUGUAAAUCUGUAUUCUUUGAAUUGCACUUCAAGAUUUGUUUGAAAUGAAAAGGGAGAUAAAAAUAAAAUAUUUU